AAAAGAAAUUAGAUAUUUUCUAAUUUUAUAUCGCACGUUAAUAUAACAAGAAUGUAAAUAAAAUUCAAUAUGGCACAAAGAUUGAAUAACAAAGCCAAAAUUAAAUCUCUUAUAACUGUCACAAGUUCGGCUGCAGCAUUGUUUGGAGGAAUAUGUAUUUAUCAAGGGAAUGAAAAAUUUUAUAAAGAAAUAGCAAUACCAUUGGUUCAACGAAUAGAUCCUGAAAUAGCUCAUAAUUUAGCAGUGAAAGCUUUAAAAUGGGGAUUUGUUCCUAAGGAAAAAUUCAAUGAUCCUGUUUCUCUUAGAACAAGUAUUUGGGAGAUAGUAUUUAAAAAUCCUCUUGGCAUGGCUGCAGGUUUUGAUAAACAAGGAGAAGCCAUUGAGGGUUUGCAUAAAAUAGGUUUUAGUUUUGUAGAAAUAGGAUCCAUAACACCUGAACCACAAUCAGGGAACCCUAAGCCUAGAGUAUUUAGAUUAUUAGAGGAUAAUGCAAUUAUUAAUCGUUAUGGUUUCAAUAGCGAUGGCCAUGACAAAGUAUGGGAGCGUAUUAAAAAACUUAGAGAUAACAAAGAUUUUGUUGGUAUCAUUGGUAUUAAUUUAGGCAAAAAUAAGGAUUCGGAAAGUGCAGAGCAAGAUUAUAUAAAUGGUAUUAAGAAAUUUGCAGAUGUUGCUGAUUAUUUUGUUAUUAAUAUAUCAAGUCCUAAUACACCAGGACUUAGAUUGUUGCAAAGUAAAGAAAAGCUUGAAAAUUUGCUUAUUAAAAUUAAUGAAACGAGACAGACCAUAGGUAGCAAACAACCAUUACUUUUGAAAUUAGCACCGGAUUUGUCUGAAGUUGAUCGACAAGAUAUAGCAGAUAUUGUUUUGCGUAGCAAAAGCAAAGUUGAUGGUUUGAUUUUAUGCAAUACAACAAUUUCGCGUAUUAAUUUAAUAAAUGAAAAUAGAAAAGAAAGCGGUGGACUCAGUGGUGCACCUCUAACGGACAUUUCUACCCAAAUUAUAUCAGACAUGUAUAAACGAACUAAUGGUAAAAUUCCAAUUAUUGGAGUAGGAGGAGUUUUUUCUGGAGAAGAUGCAUACCAUAAAAUAAGAGCUGGAGCUUCUUUGAUUCAGUUAUAUACAUCGUAUAUAUAUAAUGGUCCACCGAUAGUUGGUAAAAUAAAAAAAGAAUUAAAUGAUAUACUUAAGAGAGAUGGUUUUUCUUCUAUAAGUGAAGCAGUUGGUAAAGAUAUAAAGAUUAACUAAAUAUAAAGAUAAUUUGAAUUGUAUACUAUUCAACUGGCUUACAUAUGUAUAUAUAAAUUACUUAAAUAUAAUUUAUAUUUGAAUAUGAUAAUUU